CAGUAGGAAACGUUCAAAAAUGCGCUUUUUGGUAGGUAAUUCAAGUUUGUUUGCUCGAGGUAUCUACUGAACGCGACUUGAAGCACUAGAUCGUGUGUUCUGAACAGAUUGAUUGUUUGGCAACAGGAUUUGACAUAAACAAUUGUAAACAAUAACAUUACGGUUAUUUCAUUAUUUGCCGGCCGAUGAUUGUGUUGCAUUCGUAUCAGUGAAGAAAGUUUGAUAAAACCCUAAUUUGACGCCAUCCGUAACAGAAUGGUGUCCUUAAAAACUCUUACCAAAGCAGCCACAUACAUAGCCGUUGGUGGAAUUACGGCUGCAUUGAUUAUGAAGGUGAAGCUAGAGGAUAAAAUACGCCGACAACCGUACUACAAGGAAUCGUUAAAAUUACUCCGAUCACAUCAGGGAGCUGUACAAUUACUGGGCGAACCUAUCAAGGAUCUAAGCUUCGAUCUUGGAGAAGAAACCAAAAAGUUUGGUGGAGGAAAGAUAGACAGUUUUGCCGUGCCAGUGCGGGGCCAAAAGACCCGGGGCAAAUACUACUUCUGGGCGGAAAUGGAAGACGAUCGGUGGGUGAUUAGACGGGCCGAGUUGGAACUGGCAAACGAACCCGAUCGCCGUCUGCUUAUUAAAGCAGACAGUCAAGCGGAGCAGUAGUGUUCGUACACUAUUUAUUGUGGUAUGUAGUUUUGUAAGUAGCAAAUAUGUCGUUCCUUUGAAAAUAAAAAUGGAAACCCAAACCAAACUCUCAACACGGAAAGUAAACGCGUUUUUUUUUGUAUGAAUUUUAUUUAAUUUUUAUAUAUUUUGUAAUAGUAAUUAAAUAUACAAUUAUUCUCCCCUUUCUGUGUGCAACAAUCAGGCAGCGUUGAUCCUCCUUGCGUCUAUGUUUAUGGGUGUGUCCUUUGCGUUUUACUAUGUGGUGCUGCGGCGU